AUGCUCUGCCAAUUGUCCCGAGCUACGCGCGCUCGCUCCGUCGUCGGUGCCAUCACCCGCCAGCAGAUGAGGGGCUUCAUUGCUCCCACUGUCUCCCGCAGAGCCGACUUCGUUCAGGAACUCUACCUGAAGGAGCUCAAGUCCUACAAGGUCCCCACCGUCAAGGACAGCGACUCUGUUGGCCAGGUCCAGACCUUCAUCACCCCCAAGACCCCUUCCUCCCCCGAGGAGUCCGAUCUCGCCGGCAGCCUCAAGGAGUACGAGAACAUGGCCGUUGAGAUCGAGGGCCAGGAGAGCGUUUCCGCCACCGCACAGCCCGCUGAGCUGCCCGACUGGCUCGAGACUGAGGAUGCGGAGGACGCCAAGGCUCAUUAA